AUGUAUCUCCUGGCGCUGAUGUUCGGGAUUCUGCUUCUCCCUGAAGCCUCCACCCUGAGAUGUUAUGAGUGUACACCAGAUGACUCGGGAACGUGCACGCCAACACCCAAAGAAUGCCCUGGACAGUGUGCUGCAAAGAGAGAUGUUACAUACUCAGGUGGUUCAAGAGUUGAAAUAAUCUCACAAAAAUGUCUCAAAGCUGAAGAAUGUGUCGAUCACUCGAUCAACUACGGACUCUCCCAGACCAAAGUUACCACCAAGUGCUGCAACACCUCUGACCUCUGCAACACCCAGACAGUCCCAGAGCUCCAAUCCAAACCAAACGGUAGACUGUGCUACUACUGCGAUGAUCAUUCUUGCACCAACACCUUAAUGUGUGAGGGGAUCGAGCAAUACUGUGUCUCACUAACAGAGACCCGAGGAGGACAACAGGUGACCAAGAAGGGCUGUGCCUCCAACUACAUCUGCACUGCGAAGGAUAAAUUCGCAAAUAUAACAACUAGCUGUUGCCAGGGCAACCUCUGCAACGGCGCCAUCAGCAGCCGCAUCGCCGGCCUGGUGCUGCUGGCCCCCCCGCUGCUCUCUCUGCUCGGGACCUCUUAUUAA